GCGUGCGUAAGCAGCCCAACGUCGCCUGCGCUUAGCCCCGCGCUCUCCACAAACAGUUACGUCGCCGCCCGUUGCCUGCCGCCGCCCGGCCUAUGUCCGCUUUCCAAAACUCCAACACGGUAUCUCACCGGUGAGACUCACAGCUGGGAAAACGACAGACAUCAACUAACUACAAGCCUAUACACAUGGCGACUCCAGACGUCAGUGUUCAUGUGGAGGAGGUCGUUGUUGUAACAACACCUGACACGCCAUCAGAUGGAAGUGCAAUUGAAGAGGUUAAGACAGUGUUGGUAGACUUCAAAUCAACACAACCUAGAUCAUUCCCAGUAAUGUUGCAAUGCUUUGGUGGAUUAAGUGAAGAUAGUAUGGACUCUGUUAACACUCCUGGAACCUAUUCAUCUUCCUCCACACUUAUUCAGAAAGGUGAUAUUAUCGAGGUGAAGAUUUCAGAUGAGGGAGAUCAUAUGGAGCCAGAAAUCGUUUAUCCAAUAACAUGUGGAGAAAGUAAAGCUAACCUUAUCUGGAGGAAGUUUGUUUGUCCUGGUAUCAACAUCAAAUGUGUGCAGUUUGACAAUCAACUUAUAAGCCCAAAAGAAUUUGUGAAUCUAGCUGGAAAAUCAACAUUAAAAGACUGGAAGAGAGCAAUUCGUUUGAAUGGUGUGAUGUUGAGAAAAAUCAUGGAUUCAGGAGAAAUGGAUUUCUUCCAACACAGUAAAGUGUGUUCCAACACUUGUCGGAGUACAAAAAUUGACCUUUCCAGUGCCAGGUCAUCUUUGAGCAGCCAGCAAUCAACAGAGUACAUCCCUGUGACUCCUGCUAUAGCUGAUAUGAAUGGCUCACCGGCAGCAUCUGGAUUUGAGAGUUGUGAAGACAGUUGUGAAUGGAUUUCUGCAAUCUCAGAUGACACGUUCACAUUUUGGCGUGGCUUGAAAGAAGCAGGUUUGCUUGAAGAUGUUAUGCAGGAGUUUCAGCAAGAGAUGCAAGGUACUCUGAAAGGCCUUCAACAAAGACUGCAUCAGCCUCCUCUUCAAGUUGGAGAUGCAAUCAUACUUAAUAAUAUUGUGCAAAGUUUUGGUCUGUUGGACCUUGUUAAAAAAGUGUUGGCGAGCCAUAAAAGUCAAAUGGAUCGUUCCCGAGAGCAGUAUACGCGUGAUUUAGCAGCAAUGUCUGCCUUCCACUCUGCCGUUCACAUCAUCAUCCACUUAAUACUGCAUUGGGGCAUUAGUCUUUCAAUGGAGUGGCACGGACAAUUGAGUGUAUAUAGUUUACACAUCUAUAUAUACCACGCUUUGGAACAACAAUGUGAUGAGCAUCGUAAACGGGCCAAAGAACUGAAGUACAAAUCCCAGCACCUGAAUAAUGUCCUCAUGACCUUAACGCCAAUUGUAGCAGCUCCUCCUUCGAAACGGCCUCGCCUUACAAGGGCAACAUCAGGACCAGCAACUAUGGCAGCCCACUUGGUUACAUCACCAUCAGGCCAGAUUACACUGGCUUCUGGAGUGCCUAUAUCUCAGCUUGCAAACAUAGGAAAACUGGCAACGUUAUCCACUAUUCCAAUCUCAGGAAUUGGAAAACUCCAACCCCACACAGCAUUUAGUGCCACAUCUUCACCGUUGAUUGGAGGGUACAGUCUUCUGGCAUCAAGUCCUGGAAUACACAACGCAGUUGAAAUCCAUCCUGAUGCGUCUAAUUUGGCAGUGCUAAGUACGGCUGCUAUUCAGGAUGGGAACACAGUGUUGAAAGUUGUCAGUCCAAUCCAGCUGUUCACUACAGUUCCUGGUCUCAAUGCUACACUUCAUAAUGCCAACCAAAUGACAUCUGUUGGAAGCACAUAUUUGGCUGUGCCUUCAGGCACCAUUGAAACCACAUCAGGAGAAGGACAUGCCACUAUACAGGUAACAUCAAUAAGUGAAGAACAUGAACAGAAACCGUAGUUUUGGAAUAAUGCCUCAUGGUAUUAGAAUAUUUGUGUUUAAAUGACUUGUUACUGAAUGUGACUUUUGAGAACAGUACAGAAUGGUUUCUGUUAUGCUGUGUCUAAAUCUACAUCACCUAGUGGUAAUAAUUGGUAACAAAUGAAAGCAGCAAAAUCAUGGAACAGAUGCAACUUUCUCUACUCAUUUUUGAGACUUUGUCUUAAGUACAGAAAUAAAGACUUUUAUCGGAUAUGCUUGAUAGGGUUGUUUAUAAUGCAUUUUACGGAGCUUUGCACUGUAUUUUGUGUGCUUUAAUAUCUGAUAACAUUCAAACUAUUGUCAUGUUGUUGCUUUAAAAAACAUUGACUAUUAUGGAGGGUUUUUUUCUUUUCAAUAGGUGCUCUCACUGUUUUCUAACAAUUAUUUUAUUGUUGUGCUGUUCGGAUAAUCACAUGUCUAAUCAGGAGAAUUUGUAAAUACCUGGCUGUUUUAAUUUGUUUACAGCCUAAUAUUGUGCAUUCAUUGUAUUUAAAAUAAGGCAAGUACAUGACUGCAAAGAUUUAUGAUUUUGUCAUAAUAAAAACCCACCAAGGGAAAUACAACAAA